AUGGCGUCCGCAUUCCUCGAUGCGCUCUUCCGUCGCCCGCAGAGGCUGGUGAUACUCGUUCUCGUCUUCCUCUUCGUCCUCACCUUUACCACCUACGUCUCCUUCUCCGACAAUGGUGCUCAGAAAGUUCGCGAUCGUUUGAGCUCGCUCCCCGCUUUCUCCAGUCCGUGGCAGGCGUCCAACAAGGGCGCUGCUUCGUUACCGCCGCCCAGCUCAGUAGCCGACAUGUACACCCACAACCCGGGCGCACCAUCGUCCGUGGAGGAGCUCACCAAAUGGGCACAGAUCGGUGACGACGGCAACCUCUACCCGCCCACCUUUGUCCCUCAGAUGGCCAACCAAGCUCCUCGUGCCAAGGCUGGCUUUAUCGUCCUCGUUCGCAACUCGGAGCUGCCAGACAUGCGCAAAUCCAUGCGAGACGUCGAGGAGAAGUUCAACCGCAAGUACGGCUAUCCCUGGAUCUUCCUCAACAACGAGCCCUUCACCGACGAAUUUAAGCGCGGCGUCCAGCAGAUGACUCGCAGCGAGUGCCGUUUCGGCUUAAUCCCCAAGGAGCACUGGGGCUACCCUGAGUAUAUCAGCCAGGAGAAGGCCAAAGAGACCCGAGAAAAGAUGAAGGACGUCAUCUACGGCUCCUCGGAAAGCUAUCGCCACAUGUGUCGAUACCAGUCCGGCUUCUUUUUCCGUCACGAACUCACCCUCGACCUCGAAUACUACUGGCGCGUCGAGCCGAGCAUCAGGCUCUACUGCGAUGUCGACUACGACCCCUUCGUGUUUAUGCAGAUGAACAACAAGUCGUACGGAUUUACCCUGGCGCUCUACGAGUACCAAGAGACCGUCCCCACGCUAUGGGAGCAGACGCAAAAGUUCUUCUCGGCGCACCCGGAAUACCUGGCCAAGGAUGCCAGCGUCCACUUCAUCUCGGACGACCAGGGUACGAAGGGCAAACUCCCCUCCGAGUUCACCUGGAACCGCUGCCACAUGUGGAGUAACUUUGAGAUUGGCGACCUGCGUCUGUGGCGUUCCAAAGAGUACACCGAGUACUUUGAGUGGCUCGACAAGGCAGGUGGCUUCUUCUACGAGCGGUGGGGUGAUGCUCCCGUGCAUUCGAUUGCCGUCUCGCUGCUGGUCGACCGGAGCCGUCUGCAUUACUUUGACGACAUCGGCUACUAUCACAAUCCGUUUCACCACUGCCCGGCGAACCGUAAGAAGUAUCACGACACGGGCCGAUGUAACUGCGACCCGAAUCAGUCAUUCGAUCGAAACGGGUAUUCGUGCAUGCCAAAGUGGUGGGCUGGCGCUGUCGAGGGUGAGCCCAAGUGA